AUGUCGACAAUUGUUCGAGUCAACGGCGAUAGCAAAGCAAUGUCGAUGCUCCUACGUCGAAAUUGUCAAAGGCUCUUUCGAAAAUCGUUCCAGCCACCCAGCGUCGAGAUGUCCAUCAGGAAACAAAGAGCACCUCCAACCGGCAGGCAGGUUGAAGCUGUGAUGAAGUAUUUGGUGCUGAAAGAGGACUCGGAUUGUCGCCAACCGCAGCCAACUAUCCACGUAGCUACCGCAAGACGGGUCACAAACGCGCUCACAGCCAAGGAGAUAUAUGACUCUGCCCUGGAUCCAGCACUCGUCCCGCAACCGCUGACUUUGAGGGGCCAACACCGCAACGUGUCGGCGCCUGCCGCCCUCCAGACUACAAGAUCAGACACUCCGCGAUUUGCAGCUGUUUCAAAGGUCGUGACCGGAGAUGACACCUCUCACACGUAUUUUCGUAGCCGCCCCCGAAGUCACCAACACGCUCUUCUGGAUACCUCGGCACGACUGAUUGCUGGCGGAAUCGGAGCAGCUGACGUCGCCCAAUUUAUGGGCCUCACUUUGCAAGAACUGGUCCACGAGAUUGCGCGCUUCACCCUGGCAGCUCGAGACACGCCGAGUAUUGUGGAGGAAGAGAUCAGAACGUUCUAUGCCUCAAAUCCAGCAUCCUUAGACAGCAGACUCCUCCGGAGUGGAGAAAUUCCCCCAAACAUUACCGAUAUGCAUGUCACUGAUACGCAAGGAGACCAGGUUCAGAACGAAGAAGCUCUCUAUGAUUCCCAGUCGGACGCAGCAGAGGAAGGUCCAUGGACAAGCAUCGAAGAAGUGGCCUCCGGAGAAGGGUCUGUGGAGGACGGGGCACACCAGCAUGACGACGGAGUGUCCGUGUAUCACGAUACUCUCGAAAGUCUUGAGAAGGGUUCUGUACCGCAUCAACAGCCGAUACAACAGAGAGAGCAUCAUACGACUACUUGCUGCCGACGGCCUCCGUGGCUAGAAUUUUGGCACCGCCAUAUCCCUGAUGCGCUUCCUGCUCAAACCACUCAGGCCAGCCUCAGCAAUACAACGGGAUCAUCAUCAUCACAGAUAGCGCAACCAUCCACGCUGGCACCACUUCUGAUGGGUAUCCGUACGACAAUCUUCGCAUCGCUGGCUAUUAUCAUCGGCAGACUUCUUGGGAUCUUAUUGUCCGAACUGCAGACAUUACUCGCGAACCAAGAGUACAGUCUAAUCAAUAUUCUAGACACAGUUUCUGGGUGGGCAAGAGUGGUUGCUCUACUUCUCGCUAUGGUACUGUGCGUACAACUCUACGCGAGGAAACGUUCAUGA